UUGACAGUUGAUGAUAGUUUUAUUUAUUUUUUCUGAAAUUUCAUUUUUAAACCGAGAGAUGAUUUGAAUUGUAAGUUAAAUUUGAAGUUGAGAAUCAACUCCAAUAACAAUAAAAUGAAUAACUUUUGUCGGUUCGUUGCUAGAUCUAUAUCAUCAUAUUACUCACAUUCUCCGGUUCCUCCAAGAAAUAUUUUUUGGAAAACUUUUGCAUGGAAUACUGUAGUUCCUUUAAAAAAAUCUAGAUUCAUUAAAAAUUCAAAUUUUGUCAAGAUUCCUACCAAUAUAGCAAUAGCUUUGAGUUUACUAACUUGGCUUGGAUUUACAAAGGAAGAUGAAAAUGAAGAUUCUGAAUUGAUAAUGACUUUGAAGAGAGCUGUGUUAUGUAAACAAAGGGAGCAGUUCCAAAAAUCUGAACAAUUGCUUCAUCUUGCUCUUCGAUUGGCCCAACAACAGCAAAAUGAGCAAGGUAUUCUUUAUUGCUAUGAUUUGAUGGCAAAUUUAGCUUUUGAUCAGCAUGAGUUAGAUAAAGCUGAAAAAUUGUUUGUAAGUGUAUUACAAAUGUUAUUGAGCAAAGGCAUGAAACAUGAAAAUCUUGAGGUCAUUCACAUAAGCCUAAAACUUGCCCGUAUAUGUCAGUUGAAAGCUAAUAUUGAGAAGGCAGAAAUCGGAUAUAAAUGGUGUCUUGAACAAAUUGACAGGCAGAGAAAUGACAGUAUAGAUGCGAACAUUUUAUAUGGUGUCAUCAAUGAUUGGUAUGCACAGUUUCUAUUAGAUAAGGGAGAAGUAGCUAACUCAUUGAGAUUCCUAACAGAGGCACACAGAAUCUGUAGAGAAGUUAAUGGACGAGAAAAUGAACAGAUUGUUUUGUUAUUGAACGAUUUGGGCAUCACAAGCUUUCGAGCAGAAGAUAAUGAAAAUGCAGUGAAAUAUUUGAAAGAAGCCAUAUCCAUAGGAGAAAACCUUGACGACAAAACUCAUCUAGGAGUAGUCCAUGCAAAUCUUGGACUUGUUUUGUUGCAUAAAGGGAUUUUGGGAGAGGCUGAAAAAUUCUGCAAGGAAGCUUGGCAUUUAGGAAGAAAACAUGAAAAUAAUGAAUCUAUAGAACAGGCAAACUAUUGUUUUGAUCAAAUAAAACUCAAUUUGGGCAAGUGAUACCCAGGUAAAUGGUGAAAAUCUAGUCCAAAGUAGGGCAGUAUCAAUAAAUUGUCUUGUGUAAAGUUAUUUUAUGACUAUUAUGAAUUUCUAGUCAGUUGUAAAUAAUCAGUUAUCAAAAUAAAGAACCAACCCAGUAGAAACAUU